CCCAGCCCACUCUCCAAACCCAAACCUCUCUCUGUGUUCAUCAGUUUCUCUUCCCCCUUUUUGUUUGUUCAGAGUUAGUAGACUGAUUCCAUGCUGGUAGAGAGACAUCUCAGAUUUGCGGACAUUGGCACAUCACAAAGCUCUCAUCUUUUGUGUUCAUCCUAAAGCCAACCAAAUAUGAGAGAUGCAAGAAUGACUACUCACUUGAAAUCCUUGUUCUGGACAUUUUUUUAUCAGCUGGAAUAGAGUUCAUCUGCUUCUCGUUGCUGUUUCGGGCAAGGAACACUUUUAAACAUCUGGAAAUCGAAUAGUAUCCUUAAUGAAUUUUUUUUUAAUGAAAAGCCAAGGAUAAAGAUUUCAUCAACAGAUCAGCAUUGUCUUUGUACUUCAGUAAGGUUAGGUUCAUCAUAAUCGAAUGCUCAUGGAUAUAGACGCUUCCAGGAGGAAGCAUGCUCUUAUGGGACCUGGAUAACAGCCAGACAGAACAAGGGUCGGACAAACGGAACUACAGCAGCCAAAGAUUUGCUUUUCCCAAUGGGAGCAAAGAAAAAUCUACAUCCUUGUGUCCAUUUCCUCCUCUUAAAAUCUUCAGUAUCUUGGUCUGUUUAAAGUCUCAACUUUGAAAUGAAGUGAGACAUUUGAUGCAACAAUAAUCGCUUUCAACAUGUCUCAGGAGAUUUCCCUGGAAACUAUGAGGGAGAACAGAGUGACAUCAGCCAGUCCUGAGCUCACAACCCCUGCCAUGACAGAAAGAGUAGUAGUGACCAUCGGCUAUAUUCUUAGUGUAGGAUCCAUUUUGAUCAUCUCUACCAACCUUCUAGUCGCCAUUGCCCUGGUCUUGCUUAUCCGCAAAAGGGGCUGCCAGAGUUGGUGUUUUGUUUUAAAUCUAUCCAUUGCGGACAUCCUAGUUGGCAUGGCCAUCACUGGCAUUGCCACUGAUGCUCUCGAAGGAACAACGGCCUCCAUGGAGAAGGGCCUUUGUUUGUUGCGCAUGACCUUUAUCAUCGCACCCUCUGCAGCCUCCAUCCUAACCAUGUUCUUGAUCUCACUGGACCGCUACAUGGCUAUAAAGUUGCCACUGCGCUAUUCACAGCUAAUGAAUGAGAAGAUGAUUGCUGGGGCUCUGGUCCCUGUCUGGCUCAUCUCAUUGAUUGUGGGAUUUUCGCCCAGUGUUUUGAAACCGUUGCAGAAAGAAGACUAUCACAAGGUCUGCACAUUCUUCUCCGUCAUAGAGCCCAAGAGCAUCAUUGUGGUCUUCUGCCUGUUUUUCUUCCCACUACUCUCUGUCUUCAUCUAUUUCUAUAUGGACAUCCUAAAAAUCGCCUGUGGCCACCAGAAGCGCAUCCGUGCCCAGCAGUCAGGUACACGCUUUCUAUCAUCUAGCCGCUACUGGGGUCACGUAAAAGCCCUGCGGACUGUUGCCAUGCUGGUUGGCUGCUUCACUCUCUGCUGGUGCCCCUUUUUUGUGGUCAGUAUUGUGCAGGCGUCAUGUCCAGACUGUAAGCUUUAUUACUUUUUGGAGAACCAUCUCUGGCUUCUGGGACUCUCAAACUCACUUAUCAAUCCCCUCGUCUACGCCUGCUGGCAGCAAGAGGUGGUUUCUCAUCAUUAUUGUCAGCUUGCCCACUUGAGGUUUGCCGCAGCCUGCCAGAUCCAGGCCGUAUCCAGAUGGGAUGAAGGACCUGCAUCUAGACAUGAUGAUAACGCAGCCCUGACAUUUCAACUAAACUAUCCCCUGCGAAGGCCCCCUUCCCUGUCCUUUUCCUAUGUAUAGACAACACAUUAUCAAAUUAUUCCAGUUCGCAUAGAUCAGCGGACACAACUAAUUUUCUGUAUUAUGCGGACCAGUAAAGUAAUUUGGCAAAUAUUAUUAUUAUUUUUUUUAAAAAGACCAAGCUUCUGUGCACAUACACUCAAACAUGCAAACCUAUAGACUAAACGUGAAUGAAUGGCAAGAAUGCAUUAAAGGUAUUCGGUUUUCAGUAGGAAAGGUGACAUUUAAGCGGCCCCUAAAGUAAUAAUUAACAAUUUUUACAACGGAAGUGAUUCAAUUGAAAACCAACUUUAGCUUGAUAAGAAUUUUUGGUAACACUUUAGUAUAGGGAACAUGUAUUCACUAUUAACUACGACUUUUCCCUCAAUAAACUCAUAAUUUACCGCUUAUUAAUCUGUUAGCAAGUUAGUUGUUAAGUUUAGGUAUUGGGUAGGAUUAAGAAUGUAGAAUAAGGUCAUGCAGAAUAAGGCAUUAAUAUGUUCUUAUUAAUUACUAAUAAGCAGCUAAUAUUCUAGUAAUAUGCAUGCUAAUAAGCAACUAGUUAAAAUACCCUAAAAUAAAAUGUUACCGAAUUUUUCUAUUGUCACUGUGAAGCUGCUUUGAAACAAUAUAUAUUGUGAAAAGCGCUAUAUAAAUGAAGAUGACUUGACUAUAUCUAACAUUGGUGGUAAAAAAAAAAGGAAGAAAAAGAAACAUGCUUAAAUAUCUUAAUAUAAAUAUAUUUACCAGAUGAUAUUUUAAUAUUUGCUUUGGCUUUAGGACAAUGACAAAAUUAAAGGAAAUUAUUUAAUAUUGACCAAAACUUGUUGUCUUUUUUUUUUUUUUUUUCACCCAUUUUUCACUAUUUUUCCUCCCACCAUAUAAAUGGGACUACAUAAAUAUAUAUCUGCUAAUGGUCCUCCACAAAAGGGGAUUUGUGGGUUCUUGGUAUUAAAAAGUUUCAAAACCCCUGUGAAGUCCUGUUAUGAUAUUUCAAUGUUAUUUCUACUUUUAUUUAAAUGCUAUCAUUAAAUUUAUUUUAUUGUUGACCAUUUAUUGUUGUACUCCUUUAAAUUGUGUAUAGCCUACAUAUAGCCUAUGUAAAGGUUAUGCAUGUGUAGGCUAUAUAGUGUUACGCCUACUAAUGUCUUGGUGAUUUUUACUAUGCCAAUAAA